GUGGGUGGGGUUGGGUUCGGAAACCUCCAAACGACUUCCUUUCCUUUCCUGAUAAACCCCAAAUCCCGCGCAACCUUCGUUCACAAACACACUUUUCUGUCUCCCCAUCCCCACCCUAACAUGGACGACAAAGCCCACGCAUAUUCCAACCAACCUGGAGCCUCACCAGCAAUGGAAAUGGCAGAGGAAGCUCAAUGGAAGCUCUACGAGGCCUACAAUGAGCUGCACGGCCUCGCUCAGGAGUUUUCCACGCCCUUCGACGCUCCGGCGGUGCUCGUGGUCGGCCACCAGACUGACGGAAAGAGCGCUCUCGUCGAGGCACUAAUGGGGUUUCAGUUCAACCACGUCGGCGGCGGUACCAAGACCCGCCGCCCCAUCACGCUGCACAUGAAAUUCAACCCCGAUUGUCAAACUCCACUCUGCUACCUCUUGUCUGACUCCGACCCCUCGCUUCUUCACGAGAAAUCCCUCCAGGAGAUCCAGGUUUAUAUUGAAGCUGAAAAUCUGAGGCUGGAACGAGAGUCUUGCCAAUUCUCAUCUAAAGAAAUUAUAAUUAGAAUAGAAUACAAGUACUGUCCGAACCUUACUAUAAUAGACACUCCUGGUCUUGUUGCACCGGCACCAGCUCGCAAAAACCGUACAUUGCAGAAUCAAGCUCGUGCGGUGGAGUCGUUAGUACGAGCUAAAAUGCAGCAUAAGGAGUUCAUAAUAUUGUGCCUUGAAGAUUGCAGUGAUUGGAGCAAUGCCACAACUCGGAGAAUAGUGAUGCAAAUUGAUCCAGAACUUUCAAGAACCGUACUUGUCUCAACAAAGCUUGAUACAAAAAUCCCCCAAUUUGCUCGAGCUUCAGAUGUAGAAGUUUUUCUUUCACCACCAUCCAGCACACUUGAUGGCUUCAUGUUAGGUGAUUCACCUUUUUUCACUUCUGUUCCUUCUGGAAGAGUUGGAUCUGGCCAUGAAUCUGUAUACAGAUCUAAUGAUGAGUUCAAACAGGCUAUAUCUUUAAGAGAGAUGGAAGAUAUAGUAGCUCUGGAGGAAAAAUUGGGUAGAACACUUUCAAAACAGGAAAAGAAUAGAAUUGGUGUUAGCAGCCUUAAGUUGUUCUUGGAAGAGUUGCUGCAGAAACGGUAUAUGGACAGUGUUCCACUGAUCAUUCCACUUCUUGAAAAAGAGUAUCGGAGCACAACAAAGAAGCUAAAUGACAUAAAUCAGGAACUCAGCACUUUGGAUGAAGCUAAGCUGAAGGAAAAGGGGAGGGCCUUCAAUGAUCUGUUUUUGACUAAGCUCUCACUUCUGUUGAAAGGGACAGUUAUUGCACCACCUGAUAAAUUUGGGGAAACACUCCAAGAUGAAAGAGUUCAUGGUGGUGCAUUUACAAGCGCAGAUGGUCUUCAGUUUCCCCACAAGUUAAUUCCUAAUGCAGGGAUGCGUCUUUAUGGAGGUGCUCAAUAUCAUCGUGCAAUGGCUGAGUUUCGUUUUGUUGUUGGGGGUAUCAAAUGUCCACCUAUAACACGUGAAGAAAUUGUAAAUGCUUGUGGAGUAGAGGACAUUCAUGAUGGAACAAAUUAUUCAAGAACUGCUUGUGUAAUUGCUGUUGCUAAGGCUCGUGACACCUUUGAGCCUUUUCUUCAUCAGUUGGGUGGCAGGUUGCUUCAUAUUUUAAAGAGGUUGCUUCCAAUUUCAGUUUUUCUUCUUCAGAAAGAUGGUGAAUAUCUUAGUGGCCAUGAAGUUUUCCUGAAGCGUGUUGCCUCUGCAUUUAACAACUUCGCUGAAUCGACAGAGAGAUCAUGCCGUGAAAAGUGUAUGGAAGAUUUAGUGAGCACCACUCGCUAUGUUUCAUGGUCUCUGCACAAUAAGAAUAGGGCUGGUUUGCGUCAAUUCUUGGAUUCAUUUGCUGGAUCAGAACCAUCUACAAUGGGUGUACAUUCUAGCAGUCUAUCUCCAGAGUUUUCGUCUGGUUUUGUAGGCAAUAAUGAUAAGCAAGAUGUUAAGUCCAGGACAGAUGUGAAGCUCAACAAUUUGGCCUCCGGAAAUGAUUCAGCCGGCAGUGUUGCAACAACAGAGACAAGGCUUGCCGACCUUUUAGAUAGUACAUUAUGGAACAGAAGGCUUGCUCCUUCAUCUGAAAGAAUUGUUUAUGCGUUGGUUCAACAAAUAUUCCAUGGAAUCCGAGAAUAUUUCCUGGCAUCCACAGAGCUCAAGUUCAACUGUUUCCUUCUUAUGCCUGUUGUCGACAAGCUGCCCGCACUUCUCCGGGAGGACUUGGACUCUGCAUUUGAAGAUGUGGAUAAUGUCUUUGACAUUACCACAAUGAGACAUGCUCUUGCGCAGAGGAAGCGGGAAACUGAGAUCGAGCUUAAAAGGUUGCAAAGACUGAAAGAAAAAUUCAGGAAAAUUCACGAACAACUUGUUUCGAAUGAAGCCAUAUUCAGGCCAUAGCAGGCAAGCAUUUUCCUGUGUGUGUGUGCUGCUUAUUGAGUUAUAUUUAAACCACUUUUUAUGUAACAAUGGCAGAUGUAUUAGAAAUUGUGCUGCUUUCAUCCAAUGUACACUGUAUUUGGGUGAUGAGUAUAUUAACCAUAUUAAGCAUUUAUCAAGGUGUGUAAUGAGUAUUAUUAUUGUGUCUUUACUGGCUUACCACCAUCACAUUUUGAUUUUUGAGUGUCUGUUUUGGGUUGUCAAUGGAGUAUGAUAUUGGCCUAUAA